AUGCAGGAGUGCGUGGCAAAGCUGGACGGAUUCCGGGGCCAUGAGGAGCGCCUGGUGUAUGACUUGAAGCAAUGGCUUUUGGUACAAAAGCAAGUCGAGGCGGAGUGGGAGGCUGCAAAGCUCAGCCGCAGCAAGGUCGAGGAAGAGUUGGCUCGAGAAGAAAAAGAGGUAGAGCAGCUUGGCAAGGAGGUCGACCAGGCUGAGGCUCAACAUUUGGAAGCGCUGGAGACAAAAUUGCUGCCUCUCCGCGAAAGCUGCUCGCAGCUUGUUGAUCGUGAAUUGCAACUGGUCGUCCAGGAGCAAUUGGAUCGCCACUGUGCCUCUUCACUUCAACAGGCCAAGGCUCUGCCAAGGAGGCAAUCUUCCCCCAUGCGGCCCAUCGGUGUGCUAGAUUCCCGCCACCUACCUGCUGGACAGGAGGCUGCGCCUAAACCACUGCCUAUAGUGGUUGGCACAAUGAGACGCUGA